AUGUCGGUGCCUACGCAGACAGCUGUUCUCGUUGUAGGUGGUGGCCCAGGAGGGUCUUACGCUGCCUCCGUCUUGGCACGAGAGGGUGUCGACGUUGUGCUCUUGGACGCAGAGAAGUUUCCAAGAUACCACAUUGGGGAGAGCAUGCUUGCAUCUAUGCGUUUCUUCCUACGUUUCAUCGAUCUUGAAGAGACAUUUGAUCGCCAUGGUUUUGAGAAGAAGUAUGGCGCGACGUUCAAAAUUACAACCAAGAAGGAAGCAUUUACCAAUUUUGCUGCUUCGCUUGGCCAAGGAGGCUUCUCAUGGAAUGUGAUCCGUUCCGAGUCAGACGAGCUCAUAUUCCGCCAUGCCGGAGACAGUGGCGCCAAGACCUUCGACGGUACCAAGGUAGAUUCGAUCUCAUUUGAGCCAUAUGCCGACGAAACAUUCAACGCGGAAGCCCGUCUAGCCAACCCAGGCCGUCCCGUCUCAGCAAAUUGGUCGCGGAAGGACGGCACAAGUGGCACCAUCAAGUUCGACUAUCUCAUCGAUGCAAGUGGCAGAAACGGUAUUAUAUCGACGAAAUACCUGAAGAAUCGCAAGUUCAAUGAGGGUCUCAAGAACAUUGCCAACUGGGCGUAUUGGAAAGGCGCCAAACGUUUCAAGCCAGGUGCCGAGAAUGAGAAUUCGCCAUUUUUCGAGGCGCUAUCGGACGGUAGCGGCUGGGUGUGGGCCAUCCCCCUCCAUAACGGCACUCUCUCUGUCGGCAUCGCAGCUCGCCAAAACUUCUUCUUCGGAAGGAAGAAGGCUUCAGGCUUGGACGGCAUAGCCUUCUAUAAGGACUACCUGAACCUUGCCCCGCAAAUCAAAGAAAUGCUGAACGACGCCGAAGUUGUGUCUGGCAUCAAGCAGGCAUCUGACUGGUCAUACAGCGCUUCAGCAUAUGCAGGUCCUCAUUUUCGUGUGGUAGGCGAUGCAGGCUGCUUUGUCGACCCAUACUUCUCGUCUGGAGUACAUUUGGCCUUGACCUCUGGGCUCUCCGCUGCUCUUUCCAUACAGGCAUCUAGACGUGGACAGGCUGAUGAGAGGACCGCUGCACAUUGGCAUACGACUAAGGUGUCUGAAGGAUACACCCGGUUCUUGUUGUUGGUCAUGACAGUGUUAAGACAAUUGAGAUUGAAAGAGUCUCAGAUCAUCACCUCGGAAGAAGAAGAAGGAUUUGACAUGGCCUUCAAGACGAUCCAGCCCGUCAUUCAAGGUGUAGCAGAUACCAGGACAGAGGAUGCGCAGACUCAGAAGCACGCAGCCGAGUCAGUCAAUUUCGCGCUGGGCUCUUUUGAGAUCACACCUGAGAAGCAGCAAGCCGUUAUCAGCAAAAUCGCGCAAGCUCAAUCCGAGCCGGAGACUCUUGAGAAACUGAGUCCUGAAGAAGUACAUAUCCUGGACAAUAUCUCAAAGCGCAAUUUUGAACGCGAGAAAGACGAGCUGGACCUGACAAGCUUCGCCGGCGAUAUCAUCGAUGGGUUCUCAGCGAGAUUGGUACGCGGAGAUUUGGGGCUCUACAAGAGGGAGGCAAAACCAGAAGCUGCGUUGUCUUCUGCUCCAGUUGAAUUGAAGGCAGCGGCUUUCAGUCGUGGUGUUGAGCAAGCGGCCUAG